AUGUUCACUACUGGGAGACAUCUUUUAUCAAACUAUCCCCAUACAGCCAAAAAGUCUUAUUCUCACUAUCUCUGCUGUCCAUUCUCCACUAUUCAAACCAUAAAGCCUUCCAGGUUUAAGAGUGAUCUUACGAUCGGUAUUGUUCCUGCUGAUGGAAUAGGAAAGCAAGUUAUUCCGGCUGCUUGCAAAGUAUUGAACGCAGCUCUACCUUUUAAACCAUCCCUAAUCCAUCUAGAUGCUGGGUUCGAGCACUUUGAAAAAACUGGCAUUGCUCUACCUCAAGAAACUAUCGAGUGCUUGAAAUCAAAGUGUGAUGGAGCUCUCUUUGGUGCUGUCAGUUCCCCACUACACCAUGUAAAAGGCUAUACUUCUCCAAUUAUAACUCUGAGAAAACAGCUUGAUUUAUUUGCCAAUAUUCGUCCAAUCAUUGAGCCAUUCAAUCCAUAUACAACUAACACCAAUUCCAGAAUUGACAUGCUGAUUGUUAGAGAAAACACGGAAUGUCUGUACAUCAAGAACGAAAGACUUGAAACAGAUCAUAAAUCAGGACUUAUUACAGCAUUCGCUGAACGAAAGAUUUCCAGUUACGCAAGCAGGAGAAUUGCCAAGAUAGCUUUCGAUGCAGCACUUGCUCGUCAUCAUUCACGUUGUAAAACCCUUGCAGAGGUAGAAGGCAGUAUUCCACCAUGCUUUAAACAUCCAAAAGUCACCGUUGUUCACAAGGCAAAUAUUCUUUCCAUCACCGAUGGCUUGUUUCGCGAUACAGUGUUUCGCGUAUGGAACGAGUAUCCCGAGUAUAAAAACUUGAUUGCACUCGAUGAACAGCUAGUGGAUUCAAUGGUGUACAAAAUGAUUCGACAACCGUAUAGCUUUGAUGUCAUUGUUGCACCUAAUUUGUAUGGUGAUAUUAUUUCUGAUGCUGCUGCUGCUCUUGUUGGAAGUCUUGGUGUUGUCGCUGGUGCCAAUGUGGGCAGCGCGUUUGUAAUGGGCGAACCAGUGCAUGGAUCUGCACCUGAUAUUUCUGGAAAAGAAAUCGCAAAUCCAAUAGCUGCCAUUCGAUCAGCUGCACUACUUCUUGAGUAUAUAGGGCACUCUGAUAUUGCUAAGCGUAUUUAUGCUAGCGUCGACAAAACUCUUGUAUCUGGUCAUGAUCUCACACCAGAUCUAGGCGGAAAAGGAACCACCGAAAGCGUAACAGACAUUGUCAUAUCCCAUCUUUGA